AACAAAAAAAUUGCUCGUCUCUCUGAAAGCUGCAAGGGAUGUUUUCUAUACGCUCACUGCUCUGAAAGCUACUCCCAGCAAAUCUAAGCUAUAGUGCUCAGGGAAAUCCUCCGCCUGAGGUAGCCUACGUUGAUAAAUUGCCUAUUAUCCGGCAAGCUCAACUGAAACCAUGUAAUGGCGGUUAGGUUUCUCACCAAGCACGUCUUUCAUCACCUCACAUCGGUUCCCAAACCAAUCCCAACUUUAUCGAUUCAUAAAUUCCAAUCCUUUUCUACGGAACCCAAGCCUCGAAUUUCAAUUUGUCCCGACUAUUCAGAACAUUCCCAAUACCGGAAACAAAUUUUCCUGGCAAGUCUCUUACGGAGGUACGGUUUCCCAGCAUCCCAGCUUCCAAAUUUCCUCAAUAAGAAUCGGUUUUUGUUGGAUUGGGAUGUAGUAGAAAUUGAAAAAUCUUUAGGUAUUCUUUUUUCUUUCAAAUUUUCGCAGAAAGAUCUUGUUUCCAUGGUAUGUAAUUGCCCGGGGGUUCUGGAGUUUGAUUUCCUGAAGAAAUGGAAAAUGGGUAUUUCAGAAAUUGGGUUUUUAUGGGCUUCUCCUUCAAUGAUUCAGAGCGUGUUGGAAUUUUCUAGGAGGUUUCACUUAGACCCAGAUUAUCUUAAGAAGAAUGCAAGGAUUUUGCAAGGUUUUGGGCUGAGUGAUGGUACAGUGGCUAGGAUUUUAGAGGAGUUUCCUAGGGUAAUGAUGAUGAAGGAGGCCGAACUCUUGCACAGAAUUGAGUUCUUGAUGGAAAUUGGGUUUCCAAGGAAUGUGAUUGAUAGGCUUUAUUUCAUGUUUCCAGAAAUGUUAAGGUAUAGUGUGGAAGACAGGUUGAAGCCAUUAUUUGAUGAGUUUAGGGAUUUGGGCUUUGUGGAGGAUUUAGUAAGAAAAGAGAUAGGUAAACAUCCGAGAAUUCUUGGGAUGGAAUUGGGGGAGCUCUCUCGAUGUUUGGAAUUGUUGAAGACAUUGAAGUGCCGUGUACCGAUUAAGGAUAGGAUUCUAAGAGGGGGAGCAUUUAGAGCUGGGUUUGAAGUGAAAUUGAGAGUUGACUGCUUAUGCAGGCAUGGAUUGAUCCGUAGGGAAGCUUUUAAGGUGUUGUGGAAAGAGCCCAGGGUAAUUGUAUAUGAGAUCAAGGACAUUGAGAAGAAGAUUGAAUUUUUAAUACAGACGCUGAAAUUUGAUAUAAGUUGGCUGGUUGAAGUUCCAGAGUACUUAGGGGUGAAUUUUGAAAAGCAGAUCAUUCCUCGAUACAAUGUGAUUGAAUAUUUGAGAUCAAAAGGUGGGCUUGGUUGUGAGGUAGGUUUGACGGAUCUGAUAAAGCUCAGCCGGCUUAGAUUCUACAAUCUAUAUGUCAAGCCAUAUCCUGAGUGUGAGAAAAUAUUUGGAAAACUCUCAAAAGAUGUUGAAGUUAAAAACCGACAUCCAGUUGGACUGUGGAAGCUUUUAAAACCACAAAAAUACACUGAGACCAAAGAAGAUCUGAGGAACAUGAAAUCUUUUGUGGAAUUGUUGUUCUAAUUGUGUUGGACACUACUGAUAUUGAGUCACUUGUCAUUGUUUAAAUUGAAUAUUUUGCUUUUGUGGCUUGGUGCUCCUUUGAUAUUAAAUGUAUGGGAUGGCCAAAUGAAAUCCAGCACAUCUGCAAUAAAUGGCAGACAAAACUCCUUGUGAGAGGAAGAUGUGUGAUGUAGCUCUGUGGAUAAUCCUCUCAUUGCACUUGUUCUGCAGUAUGUCUGGCAAUCCAUUGUGAGGUUUCAGCUAUGAAUUUUGGAUGUAAAUGUUGUGGCUCCUGAGAACCUUUUUUCCCUUCUGCAAGCUACUAGGUUUUGUGCUUCACAACUAUUUGUUGUUCGUGGUUUUCGAUGGGUAAAAGGGCGUACAGAUUGCAGGAGACUGCAAGCAAGCAGUUGAGGGCCAUGAAGAUCUACUUAAUUUAUUUUCUAAAAAUUGAGGAUUUUGGUGGCUUCUUUCGAUUUGGAUAAAAUCGGGUCUCAUAAACCUCUUUCCAAGCCCAUAUUUUUUUGAACCAUUUCACUUUUGUUUUUGACUUUUGGUUCAAUUUGAAGAGUUUGAAAGGGAGUUUAGGUGCAACGGUAAGGUUGUUGCCGUGUGACUUGGAGAUCACGGGUUCGAUGCAUGAAAACAGUCUCUUGCAAAAAUGCAAGGUGCGACUGUGUAUACUAUAGACCCAUUGUGGUCCGCCCCUUCCCUAGACUCCGCAUAUGCGGGAGCUUUGUGCACCGGGCUGCCCUUUGUUCAAUUUGAAGAGUUUCAUGCUCCCUAAAUUUGAAUUUUUUUUUUUCCAUAAUGUACAAUUACUUUUCCUCCUACUUUGCUAUAUCAUUCUUUCCCCUUCAGUUUCCCCUUCCCUUUCCCGAUCUGGCUAACAUAUGUAAUGCAUGUUUAACUCAAUCAAGAGAAUGGUCUUAUUACAGCUA